AGAACAGCUGUCACAACUCACAUAAAACAGAAAUUCAGAAAUCAAUAAUCAAUGAAACUCGCCAAUGUUUUUGUUUCUAGUGAAUUUUUAUGGUAAAUUCAUGUUAAUAUUCGAUUUUAUUCUUCUCUAAAGUUUUAGAUUUUGUUGUGUAAUCUUAUCAUAAUGAUCAUUAAACAUUUUGUACAAGAAUAGAUAAAUAAUUCGUUCAACUCACGAUAUUCUAGUAGUUUUCCAAUCAGUAUCAUUCAAUUAAUUAUUAUUUCUAAAAUACCUAAGAGUUCUGAUCAGAGCUCAUUACAAAUUGGCCCUCAGAUGACGUCAUCGAGUGUAGGAGGGGCGGGAGUGGGUGGAGUGCCGGGUGGUAACGGAGAGGAGGAUGAGCUGACCCUACCUCGAGCGUCCAUCAACAAAAUGAUCAAAGAAAUUCUGCCGAGCGUGCGCGUGGCAAACGAAGCCCGCGAUUUAGUGCUCAACUGUUGUACCGAAUUCAUUCACCUCAUAUCGUCCGAAGCCAACGACAUAUGCAACCAACAAAUGAAGAAAACUAUAAACGCCGAUCAUAUUUUUGCUGCAUUAGACCGAUUGGGAUUCGGCGAUUACAGAGCCGAUGCUGAAGCAGUAUUACGAGAUUGCAAAGCAGUUGCCGCCAAGCGAAGAAGACAGAGCACACGACUCGAGAACCUGGGAAUACCCGAAGAAGAAUUGCUCAGGCAGCAGCAGGAACUAUUUGCCAGG